GUUUCAUUUUUGGCAUAUAAAAACAUUCCUCCUUCUCACACUGUCAACCCACAGCCACUCUCAUCUUAUCAGAACUUCUUAGCGAUGAAACUCCAUAGCUCAGUCCUAUUAUCAGCUCUACUCUGCCUCACUUCACUCCAAAUCUCCUCCGCCGUGCCGGCUCAGCCUCUUUAUUCCUGCGGCCAGCACACAGAAUCUUUCCGCUUCUGUCAAACCAACCUCUCCAUCAGCUUCAGAGUGAAAGAUCUCGUCUCUAGACUCACUCUUGACGAAAAGAUUGCCCAGCUUGUUAGCUCCGCCCCGGCCAUUCCGCGACUCGGAAUCCCCGCCUUCGAGUGGUGGUCAGAGGCUCUGCACGGCGUCGCUGACGUCGGGAAGGGGAUUUCGUUCGCUGGCAAGAUCAAAGCCGCCACCAGCUUCCCCCAAGUCAUUCUCACCGCCGCUUCGUUUGAUGAACAUCUUUGGUACCGCAUUGGACAGGUGAUUGGAAGAGAGGCAAGGGCAUUGUACAAUGAAGGGCAAGCAACAGGGUUGACAUUCUGGGCUCCAAACAUCAAUAUAUUCAGAGACCCACGAUGGGGAAGAGGGCAAGAAACACCCGGUGAAGACCCGCAAGUGACAGGGAAGUAUGCCGUGGCAUAUGUACGAGGAGUACAAGGCGACACUUUCCAAGGCGGGAAGACAGGAAAUCAUCUUCAAGCCUCUGCUUGUUGCAAACACUUUGCUGCCUAUGAUAUGGAGAACUGGAAUGGCAAUCUGCGUUAUGGAUUCAAUGCCAUUGUGACAGAACAAGAUUUAGCUGAUACAUAUCAGCCACCAUUUCAGAAUUGCAUACAAAAAGCCCAAGCAAGUGGAAUAAUGUGUGCUUAUAACAGUGUCAAUGGGGUCCCUGGCUGUGCUAGUUACAAUUUCCUCACCAAAACUGCUCGUCGCCAAUGGGGUUUUCGUGGGUAUAUUACUUCAGAUUGUGAUGCAGUAGGAAAUGUUUUCAAGGACCACAAAUAUACAAAAACACCAGAAGAAACUGUAGCAAAUGUACUUAAUGCAGGUAUGGAUGUCAACUGCGGUUCAUUUUUGAGUCAAUAUACAAAAUCAGCAGUUACACAGAAAAGAGUUUCAGAAAAUCAAAUAGACAGAGCUCUACACAACCUCUUCAGCAUUCGCAUGAGAUUGGGACUAUUUGAUGGAAGCCUUAAACAGCUCCCUUAUGGUAACAUUCUUUUGAAUGAAGUUUGCAGUCAAGAACACCAGAUUCUAGCUCUACAAGCAGCAAGAAACGGCAUUGUCUUACUGAAGAACAAUGCUAAAUUGCUUCCUCUGUCAAAGACUAAAACAGCAUCCCUCGCUGUUAUAGGGCCUAAUGGAAACAAUGCAAAUGUGCUUAAAGGAAAUUACUAUGGCCCUGGGUGCAAAUCUGUAGAAAUAUUUAAAGCCAUGCAGAGUUACGUCAAGUACACGUCAUUUCUUGAAGGUUGCAAUAAUGGAGUGAGUUGUGCUUCUGCUACAAUAGAUGAAGCGGUAAACUUGGCAAAAAAUAGUGAUCAGGUGGUUCUAGUGAUGGGAUUGGAUCAAAGUCAAGAAAGGGAAGCGGUAGAUCGUGUGCAUUUGGAGCUUCCUGGGAUGCAAGAGCUUCUCAUUACGAAGGUCGCUAAAGCUGCAAAGAAGCCUGUCAUAUUGGUGUUGCUGUGUGGCGGUCCAGUUGAUAUUACAUUUGCUAAGUUUGACCCUAAAAUAGGCAGCAUUUUGUGGGCUGGUUAUCCAGGUGAAGCGGGAGGCCUUGCACUCGCGGAAACUAUAUUUGGUGAUCACAAUCCUGGAGGAAGACUACCAAUGACAUGGUACCCUAAAGAUUACAUUAAAGUUCCAAUGACAGAUAUGAGGAUGAGGGCUGAUAAAUCUAGAGGGUACCCAGGUCGUACAUAUAGGUUCUACUAUGGUCCUACAGUAUUCAAAUUUGGCUACGGUCUUAGCUACACAACAUAUUCUUAUGAGUUCACUUCCACUACAACAACCUUGGUAAACCUGAACCAACUAUCAAGUGUGAAAACAUAUGCGGGAUUCGAUUCUGUCCAUUACAUAUCAGUGGAUGAUAUUGACAAAGAGACAUGUGAGAAGGCAAAGUUCCCAGUCACUAUUCGAGUUCAAAACUCUUGGGAAAUGGAUGGGGUUCACCCGGUGCUACUUUUCAUCAAGCCUACCACAGAGAAAGAUGGAAGUCCAAUGAAACAGUUGGUUGGGUUUCAAAGUGCAAAACUAAAAGCUGGUGAAAAGGAUGAACUUCAGUUUGAGCUCAACCCUUGUCAACAUCUGAGCACUGCCAAUAAGGAUGGGUUGAUGGUGAUUGAAGAGGGUUCUCGGCAUUUAGUAGUAGGAAACACAGAACACGCUAUUAACGUAGUUUUUUGAAUGGUAGUAUCUAAUCACUAGAGAUGAAACUGAUAUUUUGUUUGUUGUAACUUUAAGUGUGUUCACUUCUGGUGAAUACACAGCUUUUUUUUCCAGUUAAAAACAGUGGAGAAUGCUUCCACUUCAUUUGAUGUACCACAACUUAUGUGUAGUUUUGGAGGGGUUUAAAGCUUCUUUAGGCCCUAAAAGCUGCUGAGAAAAAAGGCGAGGGGAUGUUAUCCAUAUUUAUCCUCCAUUACGUAUGUCUCAUGUAAUAUCCUAGAGAAAAUAUACAAAAAUGAUAUUUUGAUCUUUUUGGA